AUGUUCCUCUCUAGUGUCUAUCCUUUCCUCUCCCUCCUCGGUCACUCCCUCACCAUCAACAUCCACAGCUUCAUCAUCAUCACCAUCAGCAAGCUCUUAUCAACUUGCGGCAAACUGGGUAGACAGUUUCCUGAAGAACUUGUAAAAAUCCAACCAAAGAUACAGAAACGCAAAGCAGGAUCAGAUGAUGACACAGAUGAAAUAUCUUGUGAACAAAGAGCAAGAGUUCAAGACACAUAUGGCUGUGUCAACUGGAUGCCGAAACACCUGUCACUCCCUGAGACUGAGGAGAGUCAGCUGGAAAAAAAAGAAAAAAUGAAGAUGUUUGAACAGAUGAACUAUACUUCAGAUGCUGUGAAAGAAUUAAUCAAGUCGACCUAUUUCAUGCAGCGCAGAGACAUCAAUAAUGGCACAAGCAUCCAGAAAUUAAGCCAGCAAUGGCCAUUUUUGUUUGAGGAAGUUGGUAUGGCAGCACACUUCCAGGAACUGACUGGCGAGAGUUUGAUUGAGUCCUUCCUUGCUAAUGUGGACAAAAAGGGGGCACGUCUCUUAAACUUCUUCAAACGUGCUGAUGCACAUAAACACAAACGAGUUCUGGAUGCUCUUCUCAAGCUUCAAACUGAAAGAGGUCACUCCACUGGUUGCUCAGAAGAGGUCAUACAGAUGGUGCUUCUUUUACUGGCUCAUUUUGAUGAGAAGAAAGAGCACCUGUUCCAGUUCAUUGAGAAGACCAGCCUUGCCGAGGAGGUUCAGAUGGAGAAUGUGCCACCAACACCAUGCCUCAUUGUGUGUGGGUCCUCCUGCUUUGCAGCUGAGACAUUUAUGUUGAGCAUCGACAAAGAGGUUGUCAACGACCACAUCACUUCCUUCACGUCUGCCAUUUGCCUGAUGUUUGGGAGUUACUACUGCUUCAACAUACACUACCCAGUGGAACUACGGUCUACACUGGAGUUCCUCCAACGGUGUUUCUUUUCAAUAAAUCCGGAGAAAGGCACCAAAGUUGAGUUGAAGGAAAAGAGAAAAGUGCACUCAGUCAAUCCCAGAGUCUUCACUUUGAUCUCAGACCUUGCUGACCAUGAGUGGACUUUCCAGUGAUGUUGAGAGAUGGCAUGAUAAAAGGUACACAGAUGUUAUACGUACUGCAGAUGUUGUGUUGUUAACUUGUUUUUAG